AUGUAUUUUAAAGGGAAAUAACAAUAAGAAAAAGAAUUAAAAUUUGUUUGUCUUAGUGAUACUCAUACUAAACAUCCAGAUAUUUUAGAAAAAGGUGAUGUAUUAAUACAUUGUGGAGACUUUACUAAUGGAGGUGAUUAUAGAGAUGUUAAAUGUUUUAAUUAAUGGCUUGAUAAAUAGACAGGAUUUAAAUAUAAAAUUAUUAUUGCUGGUAAUCACGAUUUAUGUUUUGAUUCUUUAAGAUUUCCAUAACAUUAUUAAGAUAUAAAGGCCUAAAGAGAAGUGAAUUAUUUAAAGAAUAAUUUUAUAUAUUUAGAAAAUUCAGAAGUUGAUAUUGAAGGAUAUAAAAUAUGGGGUAGUCCACAUUCCUUAGAAUAUUGGAAUGGAUCAUUUUAGAUAACACCUGAUUAAGCUAAAAAUAUUUGGGAUCGUAUAAAUGAUAAUACUGAUAUUGUAUUAACACAUGGACCUCCAUUUGGUCAUGGAGACAUGGCUUAAAGUGAAGUUAAUAGAAAUGUUGGUGAUGAAUAUUUAUUCUAAAGAAUUAAAUAAAUAAAACCAAAAUACCACAUUUUUGGUCAUAUUCAUGAAGGAUAUGGAUAAUCUAAGGAGGAUGGCAUUACUUUUAUUAAUUGUGCUUAUCUUAAAAAGAAUUAUUCAGUUGGAAAUAAACCAAUUACAUUUACUCUUCCUAAAAAAGAAUAAAUAUAUAAAUGA